GAUGGCGAGGAGAUAAUGGCAGCGAGACGCUUGAUGGACAGGAUACCCAAGAACACCCCGUCACUUAACGAUGGAAAAGGAAUAGCAAUGAAGGAAGAAAUGGCAGACAUGGAAGGCCAACCUCGACGUCCUGUGGAAGAGGAACCAAGCGUUACAGAGGAGCCCCGAAAGGCGGAGGUGAACGUGGUGUGUGUGGAAGGGAACGGACAGCAAGGUAGCCUAAUGGCAGAUGUGGCUGGGGUCACAUUUUGGAAAAGAAUACUUGGUACAGAGAUGCUGCGUGCCAUCUCUGGUUGUCACCAGCAUCACCAUCUUCACCAACCCGACCUUGAAAUGAAUCCGCAGUGGUUCGUGGUUGGUAACGCCUCAUUUCGCUCGUACGAAAGACAUACCUUGUGUGUCUUCGAGCCACGAGCGGUGGUGGUUCAGCUCCCCGGGACGUACGCCCGUCACGCAACAGUAUGCCAAGCCAUGGGAGGCGCCCUCGUCUCCGACACAGACCCAACCUCGGCCACCCUGACAGCACUCUAUGGGUUAAACGACACCUGUGUGGACGCCGGUGGCCUCAUCACCUGGCUCAAGGGUGGCCACAGGGUCAGUGAGGCUGAAGUUAAGAUGCAUUCCGAGGAGUGUCCAGCGAUGAGUGUGGAAGGGCGCAGAUGGGCGUCCUGUGAACUGCAGUUGGAAUGUUGUGUGUGUGAAGCGUCUGCCUCCGUCUUGUACACCCUGUACGGCCACGACGGCAGCCUCUUCGAUCACAGUUACUUCAUCCCUACACACACCACGACGCUCAUGUUUACAGGCCUCGGCGGGUCAGAAAUACUACGGAAGAAUAAUGGUUGGGUGCUAAGAUCGACUCAGCACAAUACCCAGUGGUUGCUGGGAAAGUUUGAGGUGCCUAUUGGUCGUCACAAUUGGAGUACCGGGGAGCAAGAGGUCGUCCUGGCCCUUAGUAUGUGUCGUACGACUCAAUUCGCUUGUGAUGACGGUCAGUGCAUCCCGCAGACCUCUCGCUGUGAUGAUAUUGUCCAUUGUUCCGACAGCUCGGAUGAGGCUGACUGUAAGGUGGUGGAACAGCCACAAGGGUACCACGCCGACUACCCUCCACCUCCACGACCGGGAGAAGUACUACCAGUGGUCCUUGGCUACCACAUCGACGUCUAUGAUGUCGGCGACGUAACCACCGAGGAGGGCGAGGCUAGCAUGGACUUGGGCAUCACCGUCUCGUGGUUUGACCCGAGACUCAAGUAUCUCAACCUGAAGACGAAGAUCAAGAACUACUUCCCGUGCGAGCUGGUGUGGACCCCGCGUGUGCGUCCGGUGUCUGGCCGCCGCCACGGCACUAUCUUGACCUCCAACAACUACGAGAAAUUCUGCUACGCCUACAGCAACGACCAGACUGAACUACGUCCCCUCCACGACCCGCUCAUGAGUCACUGGACAGACGGGGCGACGACUGCCAUAGAGCUGUAUCUGGGGAUCCUAAUCAAGGUGCCGUGCCACUUCCACCUCCAAAUGUACCCGUUCGACGUGCAGCUGUGUAACCUCUCCUUCGUGGUGGUGAACGACCCCUGGCGGAGUCUCCUCCGCAAGUCUUCCCCCGGCAGACACGUUCCCUAUCUCAACGCUCGGCGGGUGUUGCUGGAGUACUCUCUGGAGGCCCUGACGACGGAGGCGGGCUGGUCUCUCCAGGGCGCCGACAACAACACCAACUGUGUCCUCACCUUCCACCUGCGGCGCCUCCACGGCUACCACCUCACCAACAGCUUCUUCCCCAGCAUCCUCAUCUUCUUCAUCUCCUACGCUACCUUCUUUUUCCAGGUGGAGGACUUCACCAACAGGAUUAUGAUCGCCCUUACGGCACAGCUGGUGCUGGCGGAGCUGUUUUCCUCGACUACAAGUUCCUCCGUCAAGACGCCCUACCUCAAGCUCAUUGACGUGUGGUACGCGGCGAUCAUCACCUUCUGCUUCCUCAUCGUCAUCAGCCAGAUCGUCACCAACGUCGUCCUUCACAGAGUCCGCCUCCCCGGGAUCAUUGUGAGGGUGAGGGAGCUGGACUGGCCGCAACAGGCCAAGGUAUCCCCGCUGUUCGUACGGCGUGUCGGAGUUCGCCAUCGGCGAAAACAGAAACGCAACGCCAUGCGCCAACAGGUACCCAGUUCAAGUCGGGAGAUGGCGCUGCUCUCUAACUCCGUGGCCAGGGUAUCCCUUCUCGCCAUGGCCGCUCUCUUCGUUGUCUUCUAUGUGUUGAUGGCGGCGGGGUUACUGCGGGUAGUCGGCAGCGGUACACACCCUUCCCACGAAGAGCAGGCCUUUCUGCAGCACUACGAAGUACCAUCAGUGCUGCCUCUCUAGCACCACCACGAAGAGCAGCCCCUCUAAUUGCUCCAACUAUCCAUGUGUUACCCCACCACCGGAGCAACACAUGGGUAAUCUAGAUAAACAAAAAAUCUUCUCACUGAACCUUCAACGAGCGAUCGAUGGCAAAUUGAGGAACUUGGACGGAUCGCUGACGCCACCCGCCUCUGUUGUUGUUGUUGUUUCAGAUUUAGCUACUCAGAACGAAGUGUCCAUGUAGCAUGGGCUAUGGUGAGCCCGUAAACACCCGCGUCUUUUGAGAGACCAGUGAGUAUACAAGAGUUGGCUCCAGAAACCAACCUGCCUUGUUUUGAUUGGAUGUUGCUUCUAUUUACCCGAUGUUCUUGACCAAUUACAGAUUGCCACGUGUUGCUUGCCGACUAUUGGCUGUGACGAGUCGCAUGAAAUAAAUACGGAAAUUGUCAGAGAUCCCAAGAUGUUCCAUCUUUUUUUUUUAAACAAAAUGAUAUACUUCAUACAAAUACAAUAUUUAAGUGUUUAAUACACAAUAAAUUUUAUCUUAACUCAAAGAAAAUUAGUCCUUGACGUUAUACAUGAUGGCCAUGGUUAAUGAGAACUGUGUACGCUGUGAACAGGCGCACUGUACGUGGUAAACAGGAGCACUGUACAUGGUAAACAAAACCAGUGACCAUGGUAAACAAAAGCAGUGACCGUGGUAAACAAGAGCAGUGUACGUGGUAAACAAGAGCAGUGUACGUGGUAAACAAGAGCAGUGUACGUGGUAAACAAGAGCAGUGUACGUGGUAAACAAGAGCAGUGACCGUGGGUAAUAAGGUCACGGUAAACAAGAUCACAGAGCGGCGUAAUCAGACGGAAACAAGAAGGAGGUGAAGCAAGUCGACCUUAAAGGCAACAUCGCGUCAUACGGGAGACACACAACAGCCUAUCAACGUUCUUUCCAUACUGAUGUAUUCGGAGAAAUUGUGUGCAAAAAAAAUCAUUUAUCGUAUUUAAUAUACCGUACCUUAAAAUGUGCCUAUAAUCAUCUGGUGUAGGCCUAUAAUGUAAUAUUUUUUUUCAAAGAUAUAAUCACAAAGAUUAGGGCAAAUU